AAAACCUUUAAUGAUCCUGGUAAUUUAGUUUUGGUUAUUGGUACAGCACCGACCGAAGAAGAAUAUGUCAUCAACAAACUCCAGGAUUCUGGUGUGACUACGCUUCCUAGAGUGAUAACCUCUGAAAUAAAUUCCCAAUAACUGCAAUCAUGAAUACUACUCAGAAGAUUCAAGGCAAUAGCAUACAUUGGUUUCGCAAGUGUUUGAGGCUACAUGAUAAUCCGGCUUUAGUUGAAGCAGUGAAGAAUGGCAAUUAUUUUUGGCCAAUUUUUAUUUUGGACCCAUGGUUUGUGAAAAAUAUGAGAGUAGGUCCUAACAGAUGGAGAUUUUUGAUGCAGUCUUUAGCAGAUCUUGAUGCCAGUUUACAAGAAUUUAAUUCAAGAUUGUUUGUUAUUCGAGGCAAUCCUAUGGACGUUUUACCUGAGGCAGUAAAGAGAUGGAAUAUAAAGCUUUUAACAUAUGAGCACGAUACUGAACCUUAUGCAAAACAGAGAGAUGAAGACAUUGAUAAAAUGAUGGAAAAAUUAAAUGUUAUAGUCACAAAAGGCUACACUAACACGCUGUAUUCACCGGAGCAAAUCAUUGAUUAUAAUGGUAAGGUGCCUCUGACAUAUCAGUCUUUUCUGAAAAGUGUAGAAAAAAUAGGAUUACCUGCAAAACCAGUUCCUUCUUUUGAUAUGCUUAAAGAACUGAAAAUUGCAAAAGGUGCAAGUACACUUAUAGAUAGUGAUUAUGAAGAGAAGUAUGCCGUACCAACAUUAGAAGAAUUAAGAGUAAAUCCUGAAAUUCUUUAUCCUUGUUUAUAUCCAGGGGGUGAAUCAGAAGGUAUGAAGCGUCUUGAACAUGUGCUUCAGGAUGAGGAAUGGAUAUGUAAAUUUGAAAAACCAAAUACAUCUCCAAAUUCUCUAUCACCAAGUACAACUGUUUUAAGUCCUUAUGUAAAGUUUGGAUGUCUUUCUGCUAGAACAUUUUAUUUCAAGAUAAGAGAAGUAUACAUGAAGAGCAAGCAUGGUUACAGCAAACCUCCUGUUUCUCUUCAUGGUCAGCUUUUUUGGAGAGAAUUUUUUUACACUGUUGGAAGUGCUACACCUUAUUUUGAUCAGAUGAUAGGAAAUCCUAUUUGUAAGCAGAUUCCAUGGAAAGAAAAUAAAAUGCUUCUUGAAGCUUGGGAAAAUGCUCAAACUGGUUACCCCUUUAUUGAUGCUAUUAUGACACAAUUAAGACAAGAAGGGUGGGUUCAUCACUUGGCGAGGCAUGCAGUUGCCUGUUUUUUGACACGUGGUGAUCUCUGGGUCUCGUGGGUUCAUGGGAUGAAGGUUUUUGAAGAGUUACUUUUGGAUGCUGAUUGGAGUUUAAAUGCUGGAAAUUGGAUGUGGCUUUCUUGUAGUGCUUUCUUUCAUCAGUAUUUCCGUGUUUACAGUCCAAUUGCAUUUGGGAAAAAGACAGAUAAGAAUGGUGAUUAUAUAAGAAAAUACAUACCAGUUUUAAAAAGGUUUCCUCCUGAAUAUAUCUAUGAACCGUGGAAAGCUCCAAAAAAGCUUCAAGAACAGUUAGGUUGUGUAAUUGGAAAAGAUUAUCCUGCUCGUAUUGUGGAUCACGAUGAAGCUCGAGUUCAGAAUCUCAGACUGAUGGAUGCUGCAUAUAAAGGAAAAAGUGGAAAUGCCAGUGCUGAAGUUAAAAUCAGUGCACCAGAUUUGAAAAAUAGUAGAACUUCAAAGCCAGAAUCAGAACUUCCUCCAGUAACACAGUCUUCUAAAAGACAAAGUUUGGAAAGAAAAAGUGAAGGAGAACACAGCAAAUUUUCAAAAAAAAAAGUUAAAGAAUCUCUUUGUAAUGUUCGAAAAAGAUGCAAAGAAUCUGAUAUUAAAAAGUACUUCAUUAAAAAAAACUAAAAGUUGAUGUUAUGCUGUAAGUUUUUAUAAAAUGUAUGAAAGUGAAUGUUCAUAUAUGUAAAAACGUAUUUUAGAACCAGCUUGCUCGUAUUGCAGAUUAAAACUAUGAAUAAGUUUUUCAUCUCCAGUGUAAUAAAUACACUUUAAAGUUUGCACAUUUAAAUUUAAAUGUGAAAUGAAGUUGCUUUUUAUGUGAAUCAUUUGUUCAAAAAUACUAUUAUUAACAUACAAGCUGAAUUUUAAAAGUUUUAAAGAUAGAUUUUUUUACCAACCUGUCUUUCAGAAUCAUAUGUUCAGCCUAGUAGAUUUUUUCUGCAUUCUUAGUACUUCGAUGCCCACCAGCAGCCUAGUGAUAAAAUCGCUAAAUGCUGGUAAUUCAAUCCAAGUUUAAAUCCUGGUAAGUGAGCUGGAUACAUGGAAGUUUUUUUUCCUUGUAUUAUGGGAAUAUGAGCUAGUAUCUCAUAGAAAAUCCUCUUUGAAGGCAUUCUUACCCUUAGCCAGACAGCUUCUGCAUACCUUGCCAUAAUCUAAUGUAAUUCCUUAAAUAAAACCCCCGGUGAAGUUAAAAAUUAUAUAUAUAUAUAUUUGUUACAGAAAAUAAGAGAAAUACUGCAAUGAUUCAUACUAUGAUGUAUGAUGCCAGUCUCUAGUUCCGUCCUUAAUAAAUGAAUAAAUUAUUUUUUAGUUUGUUUUUAAAAUUUUGAAUGCUGUCAAUUUAAGUAGAAGAUUUUACAUAUCGAUUAGUAACUCUGUAAAUCUGCAUUUUUAUACCAACAUUUACUGACUGAAAACAUAUUAACCAUCUUUUUUCCCAUGUUUUAUGUUAUUUAACAUAAGUAAAUUAGGUUCUUUCUUAAUAGAUAUUCAUGACUAAACUCUCAUUAAGUGACAUUUUGCUAUUUAUGAACAUUGACUAAAUUUUGCAUUUUUAAUCAAAAAUAUUUGAAUAAUGUACUUUGAUAAUGAAAAUUAAAUUUUUUUUAGUUAA